UACUGUCACAUUAAAUCCUCUUCUUCUUCAACAGUGUUCAAAGUUCAAAUCACACUUCUAAAAGUUUCACUUCAAUUCAAGAUCCAAUCUUUUUUCUCAAAUUUCUUCAAAAAAAACUGAGUUUUUCAAUGGCAAAUUCAUGGAGAAGAAACCAACAAAUCAAGAUCUUCACCCCCAAGAAUCUCCUUCUCUUUUUCUUCACUUCUCUUCUCCUCCUUAUCUUCCUCUAUCUCACAUCACAAACCCAACCCCACAAUCCAAAACCCCUCAAAUCCAUUAAAAAUCCAAUCUUUAAUCUCCCCUUAAAGCCAUUUGAUUGUUAUAAUUCACCUCAAGCUUACCCUGUUAUAGCUAGUGUAGUUGAAGGUGUGAAAUACCCUUUUCUUUUUUCACUUUCAGAUUUUGGAAAUUUGCCUGAAAAACCUCAUAAGAAUAUUCAGAGGGUACUUAAAGGAAAACCCUUUAGAAAGCCUGAUAUAUCUGUGACUGUGCAAGAAUUGUUGGAAAAGAUGAAGGGUAAAAAUGGGAUUUUUUUGGAUGUUGGAGCUAAUGUAGGAAUGGCUACUUUUGCUGCUGCUGUAAUGGGGUUUAAAGUUUUGGCCUUUGAACCUGUUUUUGAGAAUUUGCAGAAAAUUUGUGAAGGUAUUUACUUUAAUAGAGUUGGAGAGUUAGUUGAGGUUUAUGAAGCAGCUGUCUCUGAUCAUAAUGGGAAUAUUACCUUUCACAAGUUGGUUGGUAGACUUGACAAUAGUGCAGUAUCUGCCACCGGUGCCAAGUUGGCUUUUAAGUCAAAUGAAGAGAUUGAAGUUCAAGUAAAAACUAUUCCUCUUGAUGAGGUUAUCCAAGAAACGGAGCGUGUACUACUGAUAAAGAUAGAUGUUCAAGGUUGGGAGUAUCAUGUACUUAAGGGAGCAUCAAAGUUAUUGUCAAGGAAGAAAGGUGAAGCACCUUACCUGAUCUACGAGGAAGAUGAGCGAUUGUUGCAAGCCAGCAAUAGCAGCGCUAAGGAAAUCCGGGAGUUUCUACAGAGUGUGGGUUACAACCAUUGCACUCAACAUGGUACAGAUGCACACUGCACAAAAACAGAUUGAGAAGGUUAUCAUCUACAAAUAAUCUUCUGCUACAACUCUGGAAGGAGCAUCAAUUCUUAAAAAUUUUAAAAUAUCUGCUAUACACCGAUUUAAACAAUCAACUAUCAUGUUUUUUUCGGUGCUAUAAGCUUAGAAUGAUUGGUAUAGAACAAAACCUGAUGCGACAGUUGUUCAAAGUCGAACUCUACUUUUUUUAGUUCGUAUGAAUUGGAAGGCUGACUGAUACCAUGUUGAGGGGAUUAUGACAAUGCUAACUUUGCUGAUAGGUUUGUGGUUGGGUAAAUCAGAGAUGAAAAGAGAAGGUAGGAAAAUUGAUUUGUCUGUUUGAUGACUUUUAGACAGUGGCAGGAUGUUUUCUCCCACUUCUUGCUUUUUGGUUACCCCAUAUGUAAUGUGUGCACAGGCUAUUUAUAAUACUUUUUUUUGUAGAGGUUGUUGCUUUGAUCUGUGUUGUUCUCUUUGUUUCCAUUGGUGAACUUGUUGAUCAUUAAGUACACGUAAUAUACUCCCUCCGUUCCAUUUUACUUGUCCAUUUUACCAGAGUUUUAUUACUUUUUAUUCUCGUACUACCUUUAGUAUUAAAUAAUUACAUAAAGUAGUACUAGUAGUCAAAUAUAGAGUUUGAAAGCAUCAUUAACGAGGUUAGUUUAGUAUAGCACAUCUCUAAUUAAAGCUUUCUUAUGGGGGUCAAAUAAUAUGAAACGGAUGGAGUAAUUCCGUUAAUGACUUCAAUUUCGUGUAUGGAUGAUGUCAUGGUUUCAUGGAGCUUUCCUCCUACCAACUAUCUCCUUUUCUGUUUUCAGACUUCUUUGAAACUGUGUGAAUGAUGCUCCAUAAGUAUGCAGGUCAAAUUACAUUAAUGAUCCUGAGAAAAAGUUGAUUAGUUGGUGUUUCAAGAUAAACUUUCAUUAAUAGCAUCUUUUCUACUUUUACUUGUUUGUUUAAUGAGGUCAAAUUUGUUGUUAGGUGAAACCUCUUAAACUCUUAAUUGCUUUUCUCCAUCUGCUUUGUGACAUUAAUUCACCUUUACUUCUCUAUUAUGAGUGGCUACUGUGUCACAUGGAACUAUCAGUUACAUUUGAUGUUGCUUGGAUUCUCCGAUCUUUCCGUACCCGUGUCGGAUUCUCUGCAAAUGUAUUGUUUUUAAAGGAUCCGACAUGCAACCAAUGACAUUUUUGAAGAGUCUGAGCAACAUAGGCUACGUUCAGUCUGUAAAAGAGGAAGAAAGACAGUGUGAUUGAGGCUUCUACACGGAGCCUGUACAUUAUUAUUUUUUGAGAACCAUGAUGUCCAAGCCUACUUGCACAAAUUUCGAUGAAUUCCACAGGCUCCCACCAACACAAAUACCAGGGAAUGGAUUCGUGCAGCACUUGGUUAUCUGAAGCCACGAACAAAAUUGACAAGUUUCAAGAAUCUUGCAAUGCAGUUGUUCAAGUGCUAUAAAGUGCCUCAACCACUGGUGCAAGUUAACACCGUAAGCACGUACUAUCAGGGAUAGAUUUUUUAGUCGUUAGAGAGGUAAUGUGCUCAAAAAAGUCGAUCAUGGCCUCUGUAUCAUAAGUCUGUACAUCUCUGGGUGCUGAAUUUGAAACCUCAUGAUCUCAGGUCAAGGCUUCAUUGUCAUCGACAUUCCCCUUUCCCCUCAGUGGUAGUAGCCUCGUCCUCUUGACUUUGAUAUGUCUCGAAAACUACAACAGAUGGUGGAUCACUUUUUGCUUAUAAAGGACUAAUACAUCUCAUAUGUAUGAAAAAGGAAGUAAUCUGUUAGCAGAAUCUUAAAGCUGUUGAGUUCAGCCCUGUGUGUGUAACCUGCAGAAUCUUCAAUUUGUCUACAAUGAUGUCUCAACAUUGAA